AUGAAUCCAAUUAAAGAAGAAAUAAAAUUAAUUAAGAAAGAAUUUGAAAAUUUUAGAGAAAGUUUGGAAUAUAUUAAUACGAAAUUCGAAGAAAUGGUUAAGCGCACGGAUAGUUUUCAGGAGGAGAUUAAGGUUUUAUCUAAGAAAUGUAUCGAAAUCGGUAAACUGAGUAGUUCCAUUGAAAAAAUCGAGUCCGAAAACAAUAAUCGAGAACAAUGGGCUCGUAAGUCUAAUGUAGAAAUAUAUGGAAUUCCCGAAAAGAAAAAUGAAAAUCUUAUUUCUCUGUUACAGACUAUAGUUAAUAAGACAGAUCUACAAAUAAAUAUGAGUACUGAUAUCGAUUUCGUUACUAGGGUUGCCUCUAAAAAGUCUGAAAAUAAGAAAACCAAACCGAUUAUUGUACGUUUUUUAUGCCGCUGGAAGAAAGAUGAAUUUUUAUCAGUUGUCAGAAAAUUAAAGCUCAGAGGUACUGAUAUUGGUUUUAAUGAUGGUAACAGUUCGAUAUUCUUCAACGAUCAUCUCACCAGCACAAAUAAAACGUUAUUGCAAUCAGUGAAGAAGGCUGCAAGUGAUAAGAAUUAUAAAUAUGUGUGGGUGAAAAACUGCAGUAUUAUGGCUCGUCGUUCCGAUACUAGUCCAGUUUUGCACUUUACAAGUUUGAAAGAUUUAAACAAAAUUGCAUGA